AUGCCUCGUAACAGAGGCCGCGUUCGGGGCGAUAAUCAGGGAGGCCAGCCAAACUUCAAUAAUAACAACAAUGAUGAUGACGACUGGUCACCUCGAGGUAGUCACAACCCCAAAGGCGCCCGCGUAUGGAAGUCUGCUGGCCAUGGUGGGCGCAGCCAGCAUCACCGACCACAGCAACAACAGCACCACCAGCGUCACAACAGCAAUAAGACCCCCCGGUGGAAAUGGCCUCGUCACCACCAACACAACCACGGCGACGCCGACAGCACAGAUCCAGACUCGGACUCGGAUGUGUCAGACCUCGACCAGGAGCAGCUCCCAGCGGCGGAGAACAACGUCUUCUCGCUCCUCCUCCCGCCCUCCACCGCCAAGGGGAGAGGGCUGCCGCCACGGACCUGCUGGCGACCAGACUGCGAGCGCGCCAAGAAGGACCUGACCUCGGUCCGCCGGCGGGACAGGCGGCUGCACCGAGCCCUGGUGCACGGCCUGCAGGGCAUCGGACAAGGGCUGGUGGACUUCAUCUACGGCGGGGAGGACGGGCACCUGGGGUACAACGACGCCGAGAGCAUGGACUGGACGCCCGAGCCGACGGUGACCUUGAUCGUGGCGGCCGCGUCGUGCCCGGAGCCAGCUACGCCGCCGCUGCGGUCAGGGCUAGGGCUGGGUGUUCAUCACAGUGUCUCGCCGGCGGCACAGCAGCAGUUGCCGACGGUGCAGGUGGGAGCGCAGCAUGGUUGGGUGCCGAAUCUUGGAAUCGAUGGCUGUGGCCAGUGGCAGGGUCUAGGUCAUGGUCACGCCGUUGCUGCUGGCGAGUCGCACGGCCCGCAGGCAGGUGUGCAUGUCAUAAACAGUAUUCCCCUACAGCCUGGUGAGGAGUAG